GGCAUUUUUUGCAUUUGAUCCUUAUAGCAUAUUUUCGUCUACCUUAAAGAAGUCACUCAUCGCAAGAUUGGACCAUGUGUCGAAAUACCAGGUAGGGAUGAAGUUACAGAGAUUUAGUUCAAAAUGAUAUGCGAUCCGGUCCCCGCAUUGCGCCUCUGUGGAAACGUCCUGCAACUCCUUGACUUGAGCUAUCGGCUAUUGGAUCCAGCUGGAGAAUUAGACCAGUUGGUCGAUAGCCUACCUGUGGCAUAUAACAAUCUUAGCCAAAUAUACCACAGACUCAAACAGCUGCGCUAUGGCCUCGCAAUUAGGCUGACCAUACAUUGGUCCAUCGAUGAAUCAAUAUCAUACGGUGACGAGGGGCUUCAAAGCCUGGCGCAGUCUUGUCAGGGCAUAUGUGCACAACUACUUGUCGCAACAAGCCAGCUAGAACACCAUUACAGCUCUUCAAAUGCCUUCACGUCAUUCCAGGAAGCACUGCAAGCGGUUUGGGACAAGAGGCAAAUUGAAGCUCUAGAGGAAGGGUUGCUGGCAUGCAGAAGGGAAACGAUCCGAGUGCUUACAAUUAUUUUCAGUCUAGCGUCUACCAGGAGAUACAAAGACUCAAGGAGCAGAAUCGACAAAUAGACCAAAGCCAAACACGAUGGCUUACGGAUCUCUUAGACACCCUCAAAGACAUAGAGUGGCAAGCGACCGAGGUGUACAUCGGAGAUGAGGUACCAGGCGUGACCAAUACCAUCAACCCAGACCAUCUUCGAGAUAUGGCCCGUAGGAUGCCGCAUGCCAUACAACAAGCGUCAAAGGUCGCCUUCGUGCAAAGAUUCCUCAGGACACUACACUUUGAAACGAUCAAGGACCGCCAUGCGAGGAUCGCGAAAGCCCACGAGAGGACUUUUACCUGGACCUUUGAGAAAAUGAUGGAUACGACAACCCAUCCUUCACAUAGCCGCGCAAUCGUUAAUUGGCUGCGGGGACAAAAUGGCAGCAUAUUUUGGAUCUCUGGCAAACCGGCAUCAGGGAAGUCAACGUUUAUGAAAUAUCUACUCGCUCACCCGCAGACCCAAGAAAACCUCAAAAUAUGGGCUAGAAGCGAGAAGCUGGUUAUGGCCAGUCACUUCUUCUGGGGUGCCGGAACUAACAUGCAGAACUCUACGCGUGGCUUGCUCCAAUCUCUUCUCUAUGGCAUAUUCACCCACAUUCCGGACCUGAUUCCUAUCGUAUGCCAGCAAAGGUGGGAAGCGAUCAUGCGCGACAAACCCGGCGACAGUCCAUGGUGUGUGGAAGAGCUGUUGGAGACGUUCAAGACUCUGAUUAGCCAGACUGUAUUCCCAACCAAAUUCUGCUUCUUCAUUGAUGGUCUGGAUGAAUGCACAGGGGACCAUUCCGAGUUGAUGGAACUGUUGAACUCUCUAGUUCAAACCAAUGUCAUAAUGUGUCUCUCUAGCCGACCAUGGAAGGUGUUUGAAGACGCAUAUGGAGAAUCGGCCGACCGGAAGUUAUACCUGGAAGAGCACAACCGCGAGGAUAUCCACAAUUACGUUCAGAGUGAAAUUGAACAACAUUCAGCUUGGGGACCACUUGUCAGAAUCGAUUCACGGACCAGCGGCAUUAUUGAUGAAAUUGCCGAUCAGGCUGAGGGUGUUUUUCUCUGGGCGGUUCUGGUGGUGCGCUGUUUCGGUGAAUGGUUGACGAAUGGAGAUACCUUGUUCUUCUUGCAGAAGAAGCUUAGAAGAAUCCCUAUCACCCUUGAGCUGCUCCUCAGGUCCAUGAUUGACUCGAUCGACCCGAUCUAUACUUCGUAUUGGAUGCAGGUAUUCAAUGUUGCGCUGACUGCCCCUGAGCCCUUACCCGUGAUGCCAUAUGCCUCAUUGGAACGAAAACUCGAAGAUGACGAUAAUGUUAGUCCACAGGAGAAUAAACCUCUCACCUACAGAGACAUCGUCCUACGGGCUCACCAACUUGACAGACAACUUAAUUACAUAUGCAAGGGAUUACUGGUAGUGUAUCAUCGCCGUAAUGAGGAAGACGCCCUGCGCUACCAGGUGGACUUCUUGCAUCGAACCGUCCGAGAGUUCUUCUCAACAAAUGACAUAUUGCAAGGCACAAAUAGCGUCCUUCCAAACUAAGGUAUAGAACAUAAAUGUGUUCUAUUAUUAUAACUGUUUUGCUGCUUUUAUAUGAAACAAUACGUCACGCGCCAUGGUUUGUUAUUCUCGUCCAUACCAUUCUUUGGUAGAUACCUUCACACCUUACGCAAUCAACACUUUUAUAUACCGGUAAAAGACCUUGGAGCGACACGUUGUUCGACAUUUACGCCCUAAGGAUCUUUCCGCAUCUCCCGCGCCCUAGCCCUUCAAUAGUCUGCUGCUCGGUGCAAGGGCUAAAUGAUAGAGCUAAAACGUUCCUGGAGGGCAGGUGGACCAUUUGGCACACGCUGGGAUAAGAAUUCCCACUUUAUAUGAUUGGUGAGCGGAUUAGCUGCUAGCUAAAGGGUUUGAAAUAAGUAAAACAAUUGCGACGUUGUGAUGCCUGGAAGAGGAUAGUCAUUCAAGCAAUUUUCCCCUCACGUCAGAGCAGCACUUGAAGCAGUCAUCGGAUAGUAAGGGGUGGUGGAAAUAGCGAGGAAGGGGACGGAAUACUAAUUGAGGGGAUAUGGAUUGCUAGACCAAACUGAAUAUGAGUUGAAAAUAUUGCCAAUGUUUGAAAUAUAGGCAAUGGAAGGAGAAGUCCGGGGUGGAUCAACCGUCGAGCUACUCUAAAGGAAUACAGUGGCGAGUGGAACAGCCUGGUAAAUUCAAAGCCGGAUGUCCAAGGGUACUCGCCCGACCUUAUAU